AGCAAGCGGGGGCAAACCAGAUUCCCUCUCCCUCAGUUUUCAUUUUCUUUUAGGAGCUGGCAGCGAGAAGUCCAAGUCGUGCGCAGGCUGAGAACGUGAUAUCUUUUCUGUUUUGUCACAGCUGCUGUUGUUGUUAGUGCUGCACACAGAGGUGAUGGCUGAGCUGGAUCUCCUCUCCACACCCCACAACAUUCAGAUCAGCGAGCUGACCUGCGACUCCUUCCGUAUCGCAUGGGAAAUGGCCCAUGAAGACACUUCCCGAGUGACGCAUUAUUUCAUCGACUUAAGACGUAAAGAGGGCGGCGAGCUGAAUCGAUUUAAGCACAGAGAUGUCCCAACCAAACUUGUGGCGAAGGCAGUACCAUUGCCAAUGGCUGUGAGAGGACACUGGUUCCUGAACCCUCGAACUUACUACUGUGUAGCUGUACAGACUGCAAUCAGACAGCCUGAUGGAGACUACCAAGUGUCUGAAUGGAGCCAAGUAGUGGAGUUCUGUACUGGAGAUUAUGCCAUGGAACAUCUUCAGCAGCUCUUAGACAAAGCUCAGGCAACUGCUGGAAGACUUCUCAAGUUCUCUGUGUUCUAUCGCAAUCAGCAUCCUGACUACUUUCACUACGUGAGGUCUAAGUGUGGGGGCGCAAUGCUGCCAUCUUUCAAAGACAACAGUGGAAGUCACGGCUCCCCCAUCAAUGGCAAGUUGGGUGGCGUCUUCCUCAGCUGCAACACGGAAUUUGACACAGGUCUCCCUCCAAAGGACUCUCCGUACGGCCCUUUGCGCUUUGAGAUUCCUGCUGAACGUCUCCUCAACCCGACUACUAACCUCUACUUCGCUGACUUCUACUGCAUGUACACAGCGUACCAUUACGUAGUGCUGGUGCUGGCCCCUGCUGGAUCGGAGGGGGAUUGCUUUUGCAAGCGUAGCCUCCCGUUACUGGACCUCGCAAACAAUCCCUUCCUGACAUACACUCCUGGAGAAGAAUAUGUGUUCUGUCAUGCCAGUGAUGUCAUACUGGAGGUGUUGUUCACAGAGCCCAUGUGUUUAGAGCACGGCAUCUUGACUCAGAUCAGUGGACACCACCAGCUCAUGAGCCUUUCUACUGCUAAUGCUAAAAAAGACCCAAGCUGUAAGGUGUGCAAUAUCAGUGUAGGCCGCUGAACUCUAAAUGAACACCCGGAAGCAUUUAUUGAAAAUAGAACCAGGUAACUGGAUAAUGAAUUGUAAUGAGGACUUCUGGUGGUGGUCUAAAAAUGGAAAGUUCUUGUUAGAGUUAAGACUUAAAAUAGACUACUGCAUGGGGGUCAUUUAAUGAGAGUUAUUUAACUGUUUUAGUUGGAAUGAAUAAGCUCAUGUCCUGAUUGUAGCUGUUAUGAAACCAAGCCAUAAAGAAUCUGAAAUACUUAUACAAGAAUAAUUCAGCCAGAAGUGAAAUGUAUUUGCAAUCAUGUCAUUCUAAAUUGUAUUUUGCAGAAUAUCCAUAUCAUUUAUACUGUCAAGCAACCAAACAUUAAAAACAUACAAUAAAAGUUACUGUUUUUUUAUAAUGUGAAAGUAUCAUAUCUAAGUAGGGCUGUCACGAUUAUAAAAUUUGGCUAACGGGUAAUCUUCUAAUAAAUCAUGGCGAUUUUAACGGUUAA